CUCCCUUCGUUGUUCUUUGUCUACUUUUUUCCUCAACAGCCAAGAGAAAAUUAGAAGCGAGUUCCUCCAGUCCUUUAAUCGAUGUCCCUAAAAAAGAGCCAAAUUCCUGGUAUUUGCUCUGAAACCAAGGUGACAAACAAGCCUGAUUUCCAGACUGAUCAUCUUCCAACAAACCAGAAAGAUUCUCAUCAACAUGGAUCCCAAUAGAAUUCGAUAUAGCCGAAGGAGUCACAUUCAAAAGUUGUGAACAAUCUGAAUCUAUUCGAGCAAAUUCCACCAUCCAAUUCCCAUCACGUUCGUCAGAUCCCUCCUCAGAAUCCACAUCCUCCACAACCACCCUAUCCCACUCAGAUUCUCCAUCUAUAAGCAUCAAGGAAGACCCCGAAUCAUCUCCAACAUUUAGCUCAUUUAAAACAGAGUCCUUUAAAAUUCCUAUUGCCUGUCGCCUGUCGCUCGAUCUCCUUGGGCACCACCACCUUCUUUCCAACUCGAAAUCACAAACAAUGGGGCUCGUACGACCUGGGUUAAGGAUAGGCUAGUUUGGUGAGAGUUGGAACAGUGACACACAUGGGCCGAAAUGAGUCUUAUUAUUAUUAUUGUCCACGACAGGAGAGUGGGCUUUCAAAGGUUGGCCCAUUCCCACAUGACCUGCCUUUGCCUUUGCUUGUUUAUUUACGCUCCCAAAAUACCUGCCUCCUUCCUUCCCUCAAAAACCACCGCCUGUGGCUGUGUGCAAGAAAGCAAAUUGCAGAGAGAGGGUUUGUGUUAGAAGCUGAUAGCUAAUGGAGUUUUGUCCUACUUGUGGGACUAUGCUGCAAUAUGAGUUGCCCCAUAUGGGGCGCCCUUCCAGAUUCUUCUGCCCGACAUGUCCCUAUGUAUGCUACAUAGAGAACAAGGUUAAGAUAAAGAAAAAGAUGCAUUUGGAUAAGAAGGAUUUAGAACCUGUCAUCACUGACGAUGACAUGAAGAAUGCCUCUCAAACUGAUGCAACAUGCCCAAAAUGUGGUCAUGGAAGGGCUGCGUACGUACAAUUUCAGACUAGAUCAGCUGAUGAGCCGGCAACAAUAUUCUAUACGUGCAUGAAUGAGACUUGUAGAAGUACUUGGCGAGAGGACUAAUCAAGAUAUCUUAAUAGAGACAUCUUACAAUUAUAUACCAACACUUCUAUUUAGCAAUAAAGUUUCACACAAAUCUGACUUGGUCUGAAUUGAUUGACUAUGGGUUAUGGCAAAUUUUUAUUAUUACUAAAUUAUUUUUUGAUUU